CGAUAAAUCCACAUCAUGUUCAACUUAACCAGAUCAACUUUCAGACCAGCUCAAUUGCGUCAAUUCUCCAACUCUGCCGCCAGAUUUGUCGCUGUUGGCGAUAAAAUCCCAGAUAUCGCUCUCUUUGAAAACUCUCCAGGUAAUCAAGUUGACCUUUCUGAAGAAACUGCUCAAGGUAAGUCCGUUAUUAUUGGUGUUCCAGGUGCCUUUUCUCCAGCUUGUUCCGCCUCCCAUGUUCCAGGCUACUUGAAGCAUUUGCGCCAAUUCAACGAAAAGGGCUACAAGAAGUUUUUCGUUGUUUCUGUCAAUGAUGCUUUUGUUCAAAAGGCAUGGGGUGAUAGUUUAUUAGGUAGCGAAAUUGCUGGUGCUCAAAUCACAUUUUUAGCUGAUCCUGCUGCUGAAUUCACCACUGCUCUUGACUUGAAGUUUGAUGCUUCCAAGUUCUUUGGAAAUGAAAGAUCGAAAAGAUACGCCUUGUUGGUUGAAGAUGGUAAGGUUGCCAAGACUUUUAUUGAACCAGAUAAUGUUAGUGUUGAAGUUUCUGAUGCUGAAAAGGUUCUUGAAAAUGCUUAAUUUUUAGGAGUAAAUAAAUAUAUACAAUUAAUUAAUUGGAAGAGUCU